AAAAAGGCGUUCAGGAUGUCUGUUGUUUCGGGUCAGGCUACAGAAAUGAAAGGCUCCUGUUAUCUAAAGGAGAAGGAGCAUCCUCGUGUUCUCAUCCCGGAGUUAUGCCGACUCUUCUACCAGCUGGGAUGGGUGACGGGGACAGGCGGAGGGAUCAGUCUGAGACGAGGAGAGCAGAUCUACAUCGCACCAUCAGGCAUCCAGAAAGAGAGAAUACAGCCAGAAGACAUAUUUGUGUGUGACAUGGAGGAGAGGAACAUCAGCUGUCCACCUGCCUGGAAGAAGUUAAAGAAGAGCCAGUGUACACCACUUUUCAUGAAUGCCUAUACUAUGAGAGGGGCACAGGCAGUUAUACACACCCACUCCAAGGCUGCUGUCAUGGCAACACUGCUGUAUCCUGGCAAAGAGUUCAGGAUAACACACCAGGAGAUGAUCAAGGGGAUUCGUAAGGGCACAUCAGGCACUAACUAUGGGUAUGAUGACAGCCUGGUGGUGCCUAUUGUUGAAAAUACACCAGAGGAGAAGGACUUGAAAGACCGGAUGGCUCGGGCAAUGGAGGAAUAUCCAGAUUCAUGUGCCGUCCUCGUCCGCCGACAUGGUGUCUAUGUCUGGGGCGAGUCGUGGGAAAAAGCUAAGACCAUGUGUGAAUGCUACGACUACCUGUUUGAGAUCGCCGUCCAGAUGAAGCAGUGUGGACUGGACCCUUCAGCCCUCCCAACGGAAGAAAAAGGAAUAGUUUGACAUUCACUGGUGCUUUUAAAAGAGAAAUUUGUUGCAGAAAGGUCAGAGGUGUUCAAUCUGGAUCGCAGAUUGUAAUCAUUUGCCUUUCACGCCGGCUUGCUUCAAAUUUGAUGAGAUUUGAUGGUAAGGGCAGAUCCAGGGUUAAAGGAAAUGAAAUGCCUGUGAUCCGGAAGCACCUGGCUGCAUAGCGCUGUGGGACAACUCUUGAAUGAGCAGCUGGCAUAUCAAAGUCUCCAGGUUUAAAUGCUUUUCCUAUUGAUGUUUGACUGCACUGGAAUCCUGGUCUUAGUUUAUGUCAGGCACGAAUAUAUUGUGCAUUUCAAUUGAUCUACAAUGAUGAUUAACUGCCUUUGCGUCAACCAAUAAAAACUGAUGGGAUGUCAA